UGACCAAAGAAACGCACUGUGGAAACCAUGUCAGCCUCCAGCAGGCCAAUUUGUCCUCAUAUUACACACUCUGCUGGCUCUGUUGCUAGACCCCCAGAUCGAGCGUCUCCCCCCACCGCCAACCCGAGGAGGUGGACACAGCAUGGUUAAUAAGUCAACAGAAUUCAGAAGCCACGAUCGGAUUAAGGAGGCCGUUUUUAUUUUGGUGCCCUGGACUCCAAGCAGAUUAAAUAAUCAAAAAGGCCGAGCCAUCGGGGUCAUGUUUGAAUGCUACAGCUGUUCACCGAGAUUUGACAAACAUUCUUUACGCGCGGCUCUCCGUCUGAAUGGGAAAGGCAGGGAUGAUCUCGGGGAGGUCGACACUUUAAGAAAGAAGAAGGGGACACAAUCAAAAGAUCCUUUUAUGGAAAUCGAUCCCAGCCAGAUGGAGACAAGGGGGCAGGCUGCUUAAAGAAGUGGUCUUGUGAAAGCGACAACUGUUCUCAGCAUCGAAGAAAAAAAAAGCCCAAGCAGGAUUCAGAAGAAGUGAAUGAAAACUCCAAGUCCUGCCAUGCCCUUGGCUUGUGGAUCUGCAAAUUAAUAAGGGUGGGCUGCGUGAUCGGCAAGGACCCUGGCCCCGUGGAGGCGCAGCCAUGAGAGGUGAGCUGCUACUGCUUUUGAGUGCGAUUUUCCCACCCCAGGGCGUGUGCGGCUGCCCAGAGAAGUGCAUCUGUCACUCAUCUUCAAACUCUGUAGACUGUAGUCACCGGGGUCUGGCUGAAAUCCCUCCUGAUCUGCCUCCUCAGACUCUAACGCUGCUCUUGCAAGAUAACCAGCUACGCCAGCUUCCCGCUCACGCGUUUAGGUCAGUUCCUCGGCUCAUGACCUUAAACUUGUCCAACAAUUCUCUCUCACAUCUGGCCCCUGAAGUUUUCCAUGGACUUCGGCACUUGCACGUUUUAAACCUAACUCACAACUCCCUGCUUUCCCUGGAAAGCAGACUUUUCCAUUCCCUCCCGCAGCUGAGGGAGCUCGAUGUGUCAUUCAACAACAUCAGCCAUCUUCCCACCUCGCUGGCGGAGCCUUGGGAGAACCUAACCUUGUUUGCAGUGCAACAGAACCAGCUCCACUAUCUCAGCCGCAGGCUCCUAGAAUCCAUGCCCAGCCUGAGGCUGUUAUUUCUCAAGGACAACCUCUGGAAAUGCAAUUGCCACUUGCUGGGCCUUAAACUCUGGCUGGAGAAAUUUAUCUAUGCAGGGGGAGUAAUGGAUGGUGUCAUCUGCGGGUCACCUGAUAUGUGGAAGGGGAAGGAUCUCCUUAGGAUUCCUCAUGAGCUGUACCAGCCCUGUCCUCUUCCUGUUCCACAUCUGGAGCCCUCACAGGGUCAGCAGCAUGGUGCUGCCCACAGGGAGGUCCCCAAGCCUCAUGAGAACCGGAUCUCUGGGGAGCGAGACCCUGUGGCAUGUGAAGUUAAACCCAAGCCGAGGCCCACCAACCUGCGCCACGCCGUGGCCACCGUUGUCAUCACGGGGGUUCUAUGUGGAAUCGUGUGUCUCAUGAUGUUGGCGGCUGCCAUCUAUGGCUGCACCUAUGCAGCUAUUACAGCCCAGGGCCAUCGGGGCCCCUUGGCUCAAACCAGUGACUCUGGGAAGAUGGGAGGAAAAGAGGUAUUUGACCACUCACUGGCCUGAGAGCUUUCAUCUCAAAGAGGAUUGAUGGCUGUAGACCAGGUGUCCGAGUGAGCCCAUGUGUUCACUGUUACGGUCUGAUUUUGCUUUUUCCAACAGAAACAGUAAGAUGUGUUUGUAAAAAAAAUAUAUAUAUAUAUAUAUUCCUGGGAAGAAAUUUAGGUUGGAACUUUUUAAAAUACCAUAGAUGAAAUAGAGAUGAUGCUUGUACUCUGUGUCUGCAAAGUUAUGAUGGUGAUUCUAGGCAUUGGAAGACCAUGCACUCAGAAAGGGAAGAUACCAUCUCUUUCAGGUGCCCUUCCCUGGAUUAAGUUGCUUUUGCAGAGCAAAAAAAAAAAAAAAAAAUUCCAACAUGUGAGCCAGUCAGCAUUCCUAGGAGCUUUAGGGUCCACUGGAGAACUGCCCAAGUCUGAGUGCUUGGGACGAGGCUGGUGAUCCUACCCGAGGGGCACUGAAUGCCUCUAUAAUUCAAGUUCAUGCUAGAUCGGUGGAUACUUUUAGAUGUUGUGUAUGUUAUACAUUUAAUGGGAGCGUCUGUUGGUUGGGAAUUUCGUAGCUUGCCACAAGAGUCAGAUUAUAUUUAAUUUUCUAAAUCAGAAAACCAUUUGGGGCUUUGUAGGGCAAUGCAGAGGAAGAGGAGGGUUCCACAUCUGGGUAAUGCGACUCAGGCCCAGAGUCUGGGGAAGUUUCUUUUCUUUCUUUCUUUUUUUUUGGAUGCAAAGGUAAAGAACACAUAAGCAAAUUCAGGGCAGAGAUUACCAGAAGGCCCUAUCCACCAGGAGACUAGAAGCUUCCAUUUAUAACUCUCACAGCAGGAAUGAAUUUAGGUUAGUCGAAAAGCGAGGGUAAUGACUUUUGUGUAUCUGCAUCUGCCUGCGUGGUGCACAGAGGGCACAGGCUUGCACAACCACACCCGUGCACAGACAGGACGAGAAUGCAUCUCUUCCCCCCACUAAUGAAAUGCAGCCCCGUCAGGGUGUGGGAGCCUGCAGCUCUUGAUCACCACCCAGAUUGUCUCUCAACACUCUGGGAUAGGAAGUCAGAAGGAAGUCUUGAAGAGAGUGGGAAUUUACAAGAGGCUCCAGAUAAGUGGUGGCAGCCACCCUGAACAUUGUUUAGGCCGUGGCUUCAAAAAUAAAAUAAAAUAAAAUCAGGUAUAAGGCUGGCUUAGCCCACAGACGUGUUCCUGAAGAACUGCAUGCAACGUGAGUUUUUGUAAAUUGAAUCAUCAUUUUAAUGCAGUAGGGGACCUCGCUAUUUAAAGGAACCUUUCAUGGAAUCUUUCUGUAAUGGAAAUAAUUGGCUCCAGAUUUAUGCCUUUUGUAUAUUUGCAUUUUCGCCAUGCUAGGUUUUCUUAAAGUGAAAUGUACCUGUUCUCUCUCAGCUCCUAUUUAGAGUCACUUUUUAGGAGUCAGUUUAUUUUACACAGGGAAAAGAGUGCAGAGGAGUUAGGGACAUGUUAAAGGCAGAAAACGGCAUAUAUAUAUAUAUAUAUGGCAAGCAGUCCCUGCAGAGGCCAUGACAGACAUUGAUAAUCAAUCCCAGCACUCCUCCCAGCUGAGCCCCAAUGCGCCACAGAUGGUUUCUUAAGACAGCACUGUAGGCAACCAGAACUAAUCAAUUGGAAUCGGUUCAAAGGAUAAAGCACAUUUGCCAUUCAAAAUACUGGCUCUACAUUCACUCCUUAAGGCCAUAUAAAAAUUAGUUUGGAUCCUAAGUCCACAGUCCAUUCCUUAGCUGGAAUGUGAUGGAAGGUUUGCAUAUGAGCAGGAUGGACAGACAGAUAUAGUCCCAGUAUUGCCCGACAGUGCCAAGAAGACAGGGAAACAGAUGGAUGAACCUACUGUAUCAUAUGUGCAGGGGUCACGGGAAUGAAUCUGGAAUCAUCACAGAGGCAAUCUACAACUGCCCCUGGUGUGCUCUACCUAAUGUGAGCUCUGCUUACCCUCAAGCAAAAGAUGGGCCAUCUUUUGAAGCAGCGAUUUUGCUGGUAGAAAACUUUUAAACUGGGAUGGUAAGGGUUUUUAUAUUUUUUUCUUUAUCUGAAUAUUAAGAUAAACCUGGCGAGACCUUGUCCCAAAAUAAAAAAUAAAAAGGGCUGGGGAUGUGGCUCAGUGGUUAAGUGCCCCUGGGUUCAAUCUCAACGGCAGGGAAGACCUGCUGUCUGGGCUCUAUCCCAGGUUGUGGCAUCUCCUCUCCACUUUGCCAUAUGCCAGCCAUUCCAGUGGGCAAGACUGAGCACCCUGCUCUAAGGAUACAGCAACUUCUUCCCAGGUAAGGAAAAAGAGAAAAACAACAACAAAAACACUGUCUUUUCAUUGUCCUGGACUGUGAAUUCUUAGCCAAUCUGAGAAAGGACGUUUAGAAGAUUUUUUUUUAUUCCCCAUUCCAAUUCUUACCAAUGUUGUAAGAGCUAAUGCUGCAUAUCAGGCAUGGUGUAAAGUGGUUCUUGUCAACAUUCCACAUGGAAUCCUGACACCCACCCUAUGAGAUACUCAAAUAGAUACCACACAAGCUGGAACUACUGAGGCCAAUAAUGUGUGCUUCUUCUAACUGUGGUGACUGAAGACUGGAAGCAUACUGUGCCUUGCUCAAGGUUUGGUGACACUGCAAGCCAGCCCCUAUCCCCUCCCUUACAGAGAACUUCUGCAGAAAACCCUAAACAUAGUUAGCAUCCUCACAUGUCAACACCCCUAUUCUAUUCAAUUUCUAAGUACAGAUGAUAACUCAGGCAAGCUGACUUCCGGCUUUACAGAUAGUCUUUAAGGGGGAAAAAAAAAAAAAAGGAUGUACAUUCUGAUUUCUAUCUUUUGCCUACCAUCACCACAAACAGCAGUUGGCAAGGAAAAUAAUUACUUACCCUGAAAUGUCAACAGCUUCUCAGCACAGAAAAAAAUAUAAAUCAAAUUGUUUAGAUUAACAAAUGCAGAGUUAUCAUUUGUUAAUAUGAGAAAUGAAAUGUUUUAACUGUAAAAAUCAUUGCAGAUGAAAGACCCAAUUUGCAGGGUAUUCUGCAAGAACCACAAAUUAUCUUUCACAACCACUGCAGCUCAUGAGGGGUAAUUUGCAAACGCCUCAUAGAUUAUUUUCAGCUGUUUAUUGCUGCUGUCCUAUUCAUAGAUUCCACUAUAAAAAUGUCUGUCCAUCAUAGAGCCAUGCUGAAGGUACAUUGAGGACAAAACUCAUAAUUCUUGUUGGUUAUUUCCGAGAAAGCCACAUAAAAUAUAAUUUUUCAUCAUAUUUAGUAGAACAGCAUGACUAUAGACAGGUUAUUUUUUGCUUUGCCAGAGAUCAAAAAUUCAUAAACAGAUAUUAUAGCUGUCGGCAGUGAUGCAUAGAGAGAAAGGGUGGAGGGGGAGGCAGGCUGCCAGAGAGACUCUGGAGCAAAAGAUCUAACAUCAAAUCCGUAUCUGAAAAGCUUUUAUAAUGAAGGCCACUUGCCCUGACCCUGCA